AUGGCUGCUAUUCGUACCGAUCUUCCAGGCCCCAUCGGGGAGAAGACGCUGGAGAAGAAGCCCGUCAAGUUCUCGAACUUGCUUCUGGGCGCUGGUCUCAACCUUUUCGAGGUUACCACCCUCGGUCAGCCGCUUGAGGUAGUAAAAACGACUAUGGCUGCAAACCGUGGCGACAGCAUGGCUACGGCCUUGGGACGCGUCUGGGCUCGUGGUGGUCCUCUGGGAUUCUUCCAAGGUCUCAUUCCCUGGGCUUGGAUUGAAGCCUCUACCAAGGGUGCCGUUCUCCUUUUCGUCGCUUCCGAAGCCGAAUACUACGCCCGUUCCGCUGGUGCUUCCGAGUUUGGUGGUGGUAUCAUUGGUGGUGUCACUGGUGGUGUUGCUCAGGCCUAUGCCACUAUGGGUUUCUGCACCUGCAUGAAGACAGUUGAGAUCACCAAGCACAAGCUCGCUGCCGCUGGUGUUAAGCCCCAGUCUACCUUCCAGACCUUUGCCGAGAUCUACCGCAAGGAGGGUAUUCGUGGCAUCAACAAGGGUGUCAACGCCGUUGCUAUCCGCCAGAUGACCAACUGGGGUAGCCGCUUCGGAUUGUCGCGUCUCGCUGAGGGCUGGAUUAAGUCCAUGACUGGUAAGAAGGAGGGCGAGAAGCUCUCAGCUGGCGAGAAGGUCAUCGCCAGUGCUCUCGGUGGUGGUCUCAGUGCUUGGAACCAACCAAUUGAGGUUAUCCGCGUUGAGAUGCAGAGCAAGAAGGAGGACCCCAACCGUCCUAAGAAAAUGACAGUUGGCAACACCUUCAAAUACAUUUACGAGACCAACGGUGUCAAGGGUCUUUACCGUGGUAUUGCUCCCCGUAUUUCUCUGGGAAUUUGGCAGACUGUCUGCAUGGUUGCAUUUGGCGAUAUGGCCAAGGCUUACGUUGAGAAGGUGACUGGCGAGACCGUCACCGCUAAGCAUUAG